GAUGGAGGAAUCCUGCUUGGAUUUCACUUGCAAUUUCCUUGAAUUUUCACACUCGUCACUUCACCAGGCAGGUUUCCAGGAAAAAAAAAAACUGAUAACUUUUUGUCAUCAGUGUGGUAGCUGCUUUCACAAGGAAAAGAUAAUCCUCACAAAAAAGGGUAAAAUAUAAUCAUAAUGGAAACUAGAAAUCGUAGUUCAGAGCUAACCAAACCGAAUGCAAAUUGACCCAGUCAGAAUAAUGGUACCGCUAACCAGUGAUAUAAGACAGGGCAGUGGUACCAUAAGUUAUGUAGAACUCCACAACUCGAGAGUCGAGACAGAGAUGGCAUCCAGGACCAUUAUCAUCUUCUUGUUGUUGUUCUUCAAUAUCACAGCUGCUCAAAAUGCCACUGAAACUGGGCCCGGCACACUAAAUGUUGGAGUCAUCCUCAAUUUGCAGUCAUUGGUGGGCAAAACUGCGCAUACCAGCAUUUUGAUGGCCAUGGAAGAUUUAUAUUCAGUACACAGUAGCUACAGAACAAAGUUAGUUCUCCACGUAAGGGAUUCCAGUGGAGAUGACAUCCAAGCCGCCUCAGCAGCGGUUGACCUGCUGGAGAAUUAUAAUGCACAAGCGAUAAUUGGUCCCCAAAAAUCUUCAGAGGCUAUUUUUGUGUCUUAUCUUGGAAACAAGAGUCGUGUUCCGGUCAUCUCCUUCACUGCAACAAGCCCCACUCUUUCAUCUGACAACGUGCCAUAUUUUCUGCGUGCAACAUUAAAUGAUGUAGCUCAAGUGAAUUGCAUUGCUGCUCUCAUUAAGGCCUAUGGUUGGAGGGAAGUGGUACCCAUCUACGAAGACACAGACUAUGGUAGGGGAAUUAUACCAUAUCUGGCUGAUGCUCUUCAAGAAUUUGGAGCUUCUAUGCCUUAUCGCAGUGCAAUCUCUGAAUUAGCAAACAAUGACCAAGUUGAGCAUGAACUCUACAAGCUAAUGACAAUGCAAACAAGGGUCUAUAUUGUGCAUAUGUCAUCUGCCACUGCCUCCGUUCUCUUCAUGAAGGCCAAGGAGUUAGGAAUGAUGAGUGAAAUGUAUGCAUGGAUCUUGACAGAUGGGAUCGCAAAUAUUGCUAGUUCACUCAACCCUUCAAUUCUUGAGGCAAUGAAUGGUGCACUUGGUGUGAGGUUCUAUGUGCCUGAAUCAAAGGAACUGGACGAUUUCACUGCAAGAUGGAACAAGAGGUUCAAACAAGACAACCCAAAUGAUCCACCAUCUCAGCUAAGCAUUUUUGGACUCUGGAGUUAUGAUACUAUUUGGGCCUUGGCACAAGCAGCAGAUAAAGUUAGCAUGGCAAAUGCCACAUUUCAAAAGCAGCGACACAUGAAGAACUUGACGUGUUUUGGAACACUGGGUAUUUCUACAAUUGGUCCAAAACUCCUAGAAGCAAUCUUACAUAAUAAGUUCAGAGGCCGAAGUGGUGAUUUUGACCUUGAAAAUAGGCAGCUGCAAUCUUCCAUAUUCCAGAUAAUUAAUGUGGUGGGAAGAGGGUCAAAACAAAUAGGCUUUUGGACAGCCAAGCAUGGGAUCAUCAGGCAACUGGAUCAAAAUGGAUCAAAAACAAUACAUCUAAACUCUAUGCCUGACCUUAAUUCAGUAACUUGGCCAGGAGAAGUAUAUAGAGUGCCUAAAGGAUGGCAAAUUCCUACUAAUGGAAAGAAACUCCGAGUAGGUGUACGAAUAAGCGGAUAUCCUGAGUUUAUGAAGGUAGAAAGGGAUCCUAUCACCAAUGCAACAACUGCCACCGGAUAUGCAAUUGAUGUUUUUGAAGAGGUGCUAAAGCAACUACCAUAUGCAGUACCAUAUGAAUAUGUAGCAUUUGAUAAUGAAGGAGUAAAGUCCGGGAGCUAUAAUGAUUUUGUCUACCAAGUUCAUCUUGGGAUAUAUGAUGCAGCAAUCGGAGAUAUAACCAUCAGGUACAAUAGAACUUCCUAUGCUGACUUCACACUACCUUACACUGAAUCUGGGGUAGCAAUGAUUGUGCCAGUCAAGAAUGACAAGAAUAAGAAUACAUGGGUUUUCUUGAAGCCAUUAACUACUGACUUGUGGUUUGGAAGCAUCGCGUUCUUCAUCUACACAGGGAUUGUCAUCUGGUUAUUGGAGCGACGAAUCAAUAAUGCUGAACUGACUGGCUCAUUUUUCCGCCAGCUUGGGAUAGCAAUAUAUUUUUCCUUCUUUGCCGAUAGGGAGAGGGUGGACAGUAUUUUGUCUAGAUUGGUUGUCAUUGUAUGGGUCUUUGUACUUCUCGUGAUUACGUCAAGUUAUACGGCCAACCUAUCAUCAAUUCUUACUGUGCAACAGCUUCAACCCACAGUGACUGAUGUUCAUGAACUCCUUCGAAAAGGAGAAUAUGUAGGCUAUCAUAAAGGUUCUUAUGUGAGGGAUCUAUUAGAAGCCCUUGGUUUUGACAGAAGAAAUAUCAGGGCAUAUGAAACUUCAGAUGAUUUCAUUGAUGCACUCUCUAAAGGGAGCAAAAAUGGUGGUAUUUCUGCUGUCAUACAUGAAGUUCCAUAUAUCAAAAUAUUUCUUGCAGAUCACUGCAAAGGAUACACAAUGGUCGGACCAAUUUACAAGUCUGAAGGUUUUGGCUUUGCAUUCCCCAAGAGAUCGCCUAUGGUCAACGACUUUUCUAGGGCAAUCCUCAGCAUAACAGAAGGGGACGCUAUCAUUCAGAUAGAAAAGAAAUGGAUCGGAGAUCAACAUGCCUGUGAAAAUGAUGGUACCAUCGCCAGCUCAAGUAGCCUAAACUUCAAAAGCUUUUCAGGACUCUUUGUAGUCACAGGAAUUGCUUCAACUUCUGCCCUUUUAAUAGCCCUGGUGAUGUUGCUCUACAAGAAUAAGCACAAGAUAAGGAACAGCAUAGGUAGUGACCAGAUUCGAAGAGGAUGCGGACUACGACACAUAAACGAGCGGAAUCAAGAAAGUACAAUAGAUUCCAACCAGAUACAGAACAUGCAGUUGACCGUGCCAAAUUCAGAAGAUGAUACCUGUCAACAAGAGAUAGAACUAUCCACAGAAUUCACGAGCUCUGGUUCAGAAGUCCAAACAAGUCAAGAGUUUGCAUCUCACGGGACAACAAGCAGUGGUUUACAGCGCAAUGACAAGUCAGCCUGAUCAUCAUGUCACUAAUCUCCUGAAUUUGCCCGGUCACAUUCAACAUGUACACAUGCACACCUGUGGAUCCCUGCAUUUUUUUUAUGGAAUAAAAUGGAUUUAUUGAGAUAUUGGAUCCCUGCAUUUCAUUCAGUACACCAGCUGACCAACAAGUAAGCUAAUUGUGCAUAUGUAAACUAGUACAUCCCUGCAUUUCAGUCAGUGCACAAGCAACCCAACAGUAAGAUAAUUACAUAUGUAAACUAGUCAGCUAUCAAAUGUAUAUCAACCAGUCAUUAUAUAAAUAAACUAGUUUGAUGGUUAACUACUUAACUUCCUAUUAUAUUUAUUUAACUGCCAGGAUACCGACAGAGAAACAAGCAUAAAAACAAUCUCCUAAUUCCCCU